GUGACCACCAUGAGGAGCGCGUUUGUCGCCGGGCUUCUUUGGCAGCUUCUCGCCGCCUCCUUCUGCCAGUUCCCGCGCCCGUGCGCCAACUCGGAGGGCCUGCGGACCAAAGAGUGCUGCCCGGCGUGGGCCGGGGACGGCUCGGCCUGCGGCGCCCUGUCGGGCCGCGGUUUCUGCGCCGACGUGGCGGUGUCGGAGGAGCCCCACGGCCCGCAGUACCCGCACAGCGGGGUGGACGACAGGGAGCGCUGGCCGCUGGCGUUCUACAACCGCACCUGCCGCUGCGCCGGGAACUACGGCGGCGCCGACUGCGGGGAGUGCCGCUACGGCUACUGGGGAGCCAACUGCGCCGAGUACCGGGAGUCGGUGCGCAGGAACAUCAUGAGCCUGUCGGCGGGCGAGCAGCAGAAGUUCAUCUCCUACCUGAACCUGGCCAAGAACACCAUCAACCCGGACUACGUCAUCGCCACGGCAACCAGGUGGGAGAUGGGCGAGAACGGGGAGACCCCCAUGUUCUCCGACAUCAACUCCUACGACCUGUUCGUGUGGAUGCACUACUACGUGUCGCGCGACGCCCUGCUGGGGGGGGCGGGCAACGUCUGGGCCGACAUCGACUUCGCCCACGAGUCCGCCGCCUUCCUGCCGUGGCACCGCGUCUUCCUGCUGCACUGGGAGCACCAGAUCAGGAAGAUGACGGGGGACUUCAACUUCACCCUGCCCUACUGGGACUGGAGGGACGCCGGGACGUGCCAGGUGUGCACCGACCGCUUGAUGGGGGGGCGGAGCUCCUUCGACCCCAACCUCAUCAGCCCCGCCUCCGUCUUCUCGUCGUGGAAGGUCAUCUGCACUCAGCCGCAGGAAUACAACAGGCGGGAGAUGUUGUGCAAUGCCACCGGGGAGGGGCCGCUGUUGCGUAACCCUGGCAACCACGACACCAGACGCGUGCAGCGACUCCCGACGUCCGCCGACGUGGACUUCACCGUGGGCCUCCCCCAGUACGAGACCGGCACCAUGGACCGAUUCGCCAACAUGAGCUUCAGGAACGUCCUUGAGGGUUUUGCCAGUCCUGAAAGCGGCAUGGCGGUCCAGGGUCAGAGCACCAUGCACAACGCCCUGCACGUCUUCAUGAACGGCACCAUGUCGUCCGUGGAAGGGUCCGCCAACGACCCCGUCUUCCUCCUGCACCACGCCUUCAUAGACAGCAUCUUCGAGCGCUGGCUCAGGACCCACCAGCCCACGCGGACCGUCUACCCGCUGGCCAACGCCCCCAUCGGCCACAACGACGGCUACUACAUGGUGCCCUUCCUGCCUCUGUACCGAAACGGAGACUACUUCCUGUCCAACAAGGCCAUGGGAUACGAGUACGCGUACCUGCUGGACCCGGGUCAGAGGUUUGUGCAGGAGGUCCUGAACCCUUACCUGGAGCAGGCCCAGCAGAUCUGGCAGUGGCUCCUGGGAGCCGGCAUCCUGGGGGCGCUGGUCAGCGCCGCGCUGGCGGUCCUGGCCGUCGUCGCCAGGAGACGGUGGAGGCGGAACCGGAGGCGGAAGAGGGGGUCCAUUUUUGGGGAGCGGCAGCCGCUCCUACAGAGCAGCUCUGAGGAAGGCUCUGCGUCUUAUCACACCACUCUGUGA